AUGGCAAACGGCAAAUUAACCGGCGCGGAUGUCGCCUCACACAACUCCAAGGACUCUUGCUGGGUCAUCGUUCAUGGAAAGGCCUAUGAUGUGACUGAAUUCCUGCCAGAACACCCUGGUGGACAGAAGAUCAUUCUGAAGUACGCCGGCAAAGAUGCGACCGAGGAAUUCGACCCCAUCCACCCUCCAGACACACUCGACAAGUACCUCGAUGCGUCAAAACACCUAGGCGAAGUCGACAUGGCAACCGUCGAGCAAGAGGAAAAGGCACACGAUCCCGAAGAAAGCGCCCGACAGGAACGAAUUGAUCGCAUGCCUCCUCUGGCUGCGUGCUACAACCUGCUGGACUUUGAGACAGUCGCGCGAAGCGUAAUGAAGAAGACCGCCUGGGCUUAUUAUUCCAGUGGUGCCGAUGAUGAGAUUACUAUGCGUGAAAACCACUCUGCCUUCCACAAGAUCUGGUUCCGACCGCGGGUUUUGGUCGACGUUGAGAAAGUCGAUUUCUCUACGACAAUGCUCGGUUCCAAGUGCUCAAUUCCCUUUUACGUGACUGCGACAGCUCUUGGAAAGCUGGGACAUCACGAAGGUGAAGUUGUGCUGACACGCGCCGCACACGACCAUGAUGUCAUUCAGAUGAUCCCCACCCUGGCCUCGUGCUCGUUCGAUGAGAUUGUCGAUGCGCGCAAGGGUGACCAGGUGCAAUGGCUGCAGCUGUAUGUCAACAAGGACCGCGCAAUCACCAAGCGUAUUAUUGAGCACGCCGAGGCGCGUGGCUGCAAGGGUCUCUUCAUUACCGUCGACGCUCCUCAGCUCGGCCGCCGUGAGAAGGACAUGCGAUCAAAGUUCUCUGACGUUGGCUCCAGCGUGCAGUCGCAGGGAGGCGCCUCGGUCGAUCGCUCCCAGGGUGCUGCGCGAGCCAUCUCCUCGUUCAUCGACCCUUCGCUCUCAUGGAAGGACAUUCCCUGGUUCCAGUCUGUCACCAAGAUGCCCAUUGUCCUCAAAGGAGUUCAGUGCGUCGAGGACGUCCUCCGCGCCGCCGAAGCCGGCGUGCAGGGUGUUGUUCUCUCCAACCACGGUGGUCGUCAGCUCGACACUGCGCCAUCAGGCAUCGAAGUCCUGGCGCAGGUCAUGCCCAUCCUGCGUGAGCGCAGCUGGGAGAACAAGCUCGAAAUCUUCAUCGAUGGUGGUGUCCGUCGCGCCACCGAUAUUCUGAAGGCGCUGUGCCUGGGUGCCAAGGGUGUGGGUAUCGGCCGGCCCUUCUUGUACGCCAUGUCCGCGUACGGCCAAGCUGGUGUGGACCGGGCGAUGCAGCUUCUGAAGGACGAACUUGAGAUGAACAUGCGGCUAAUUGGCGCCACCAAGGUGGAGGACCUGAGCCCAAGCCUGGUUGACGUGCGCGGCCUCGUAGGCGGCCACAGUGCCCCGGUCCCAGCGGAUACCCUGAGUCUGGGCGCCUACGACCCUCUCGCAGCUCCUCGCUUUAGCGAGAAGGCUAAGCUAUAG